CUUUUCCUCAUAUAACUAAAUUGUGAUAAUAUUCAAUGGAUCUAUACUAAUUCCCUGACAAAUGACAAAUCUGUCAACAUUCUAUUACCAAAUCUCUGUCAAGUUCAACUCUACUGCAGUUUGAACAUUGUCUAUGGGGUAACACUGCCAUGCAAUUGCAAUCUUUUGAUUCAGUUCAUUUAUUGAUCUUACUCUUAGCUUUGAAACAAAUCAAACAAUGUCAAUUUGCGCUUUAGUACUAGUAUUUUCUUUAUUAAGAGCAUGCAAUUCCCUAGAUUUUAUUGCUCCAGGUCAAACUUUACCAGAUGGUUCAACUCUAGUUUCAGCUGAAGGAACCUUUGAGCUAGGUUUUUUCAGCCCUGGAAAAUCCCAAAACAGAUACCUGGGGGUAUGGUACAAAAACAUUACUCCUGUAACAGUUGUAUGGGUGGCUAAUAGAGAAACCCCACUCUAUGACAGAGGAGGGGUUUUGAAGCUCAGUGAUCAUGGAGUUCUUAUGAUUCUCAACAGUACAAACAAAAUUGUUUGGUUUUCCAACUCCAGUAACAGCUCAAGAACUACGCAGAAGCCGAUUGCGCAACUCUUAGAUACAGGAAACCUUGUAGUGAGGUUGAGGGGUGAAAUUGACAAUGUUGAUGAUGAGCAAUUUAUAUGGCAGGGUUUUGAUUUUCCUAGUGAUACAUUGUUGCCUGGAAUGAAAUUUGGGUGGGACCUGGUUAAGGGUUUGAACAGGUUCAUUUCAUCAUGGAGAAGUCCAGAGGAUCCUGGUAAGGGAGAGCAUGUGCUGCAAAUCGACCCUCGAGGGUAUCCGCAAUCUGUUCAAUUGAAAGGGAGUGUUACGCAGUUUCGGGCGGGCCAUUGGAAUGGGCUCUAUUUAACUGGAUUUCCAGUUCAAAAGCAGAAUCCGAUUUACAAAUCGGAAUUUCUUUUCGAUGAGAAAGAGGUGUAUUAUAGGUUUGAGCUGAUGGAUAGAUCCAUUUUGUCAAGAAUUAUAUUGAAUCCUUCUGGAAUUGGACAGCGUUUUGUGUGGAGGAGGGGUCAAAAACGCGGAUGGGAGAUUAUCUCGGCUAACCUGGUAGACCAGUGUGAUAAUUAUGCUUUGUGUGGUGUGUACUCUAUUUGCAAUUUUAGUAGUAAUCGUGUAUGUUCAUGCCUGAAAGGAUUUGUACCCAAAAAUGAACAAGAAUGGAAUGUGUCUUUUUGGUCUAAUGGGUGUGUACGAGGGUCAGCAUUGGAUUGUGCUGGAAAAGAUGGCUUCAAGAAGUAUACGGACAUGAAAUUGCCAGACACGUCUUUUUCCCGGUUUAAUAAGACCAUGAGCCUCGAGGAAUGUCGGAAAACAUGUCUCAAAAACUGUUCUUGUACAGCGUAUACGAAUUUGGACAUUCGCGAUGGAGGAAGUGGCUGCCUACUUUGGUUUCAUGAUCUGAUUGACAUGAGGCAACUCCAUCAUGGGGGACAAGACCUUUACAUUCGAGUGUCUGCUUCCGAGACAGAUCACAUUGAUGUUGGCAGCCAUGGGAGUAUCAACAAGCAAGAAUUAAUAGGAAUAACAGUUGGCUCAUUCAUACUAAACAUGGGAAUGAUAUUGAUAAUUUUUGGAUUAUGUGUAUGGAGAAGGAAACUUCAAAAGCCAGGGGCUACAAAUGUAUUUAACACGAAUAAUUACUACAAUAAAAUGAAGAAGGAAGACUUAGAUCUACAGACAUUUGAUUUCUCAGUCAUUCUAAAAGCCACUGACAAUUUUUCAAGCAUCAACAAACUGGGAGAAGGAGGCUUUGGAUCAGUAUAUAAGGGUAUUCUGCUAGAUGGACAAGAGAUAGCAGUGAAAAGGCUAUCUAACAGUUCUGGUCAGGGUUUUGAGGAGUUAAAAAACGAAGUUGAGUUGAUCGCCAAACUUCAGCACCGUAAUCUGGUGAAGCUUCUUGGUUGCUGCAUUGAAGGAGAAGAGAAAAUGCUAAUCUAUGAAUACAUGCAGAACAAGAGCUUGGACUACUUUAUUUUUGAUGAAACUAGAAGAAAGAUUUUGGAUUGGGAAAAGCGAUUCAAAAUCAUUGAUGGCAUUGCUCGGGGUCUCCUUUAUCUUCAUCAAGAUUCAAGACUCAGGAUUAUUCAUAGAGAUUUAAAAUGCAGCAACAUUUUAUUGGAUGCGAAUUUCAAUCCGAAAAUAUCUGACUUUGGCCUGGCUCGCACGUUUUUGGGAGAUCACUUUGUGGCCAAAACACUCAGGAUUGCCGGCACAUAUGGUUACAUGCCUCCUGAGUAUGCUAUGAAUGGAAGAUUCUCCAUGAAAUCCGAUGUAUUCAGUUUUGGUGUAAUAGUACUUGAAGUAGUUAGUGGGAGAAGGUCUUGUGGAUUUUCAGACCCAGAAUCCCUUAGUCUUCCAGGAUAUGCAUGGACACUAUGGACUGAAAGGAGGCCCUUCCAACUAGUGGAUGAUGUCUUAGGAGAAAUGUGUCCAUCUGAAGUCAUUCGGUGUAUACAGGUUGGCCUGUUAUGCGUGCAACGAAGACCAGAAGAUAGACCAGACAUGUCGUCGGUGGUUCUGAUGCUGAACGGUGAGAAAUCAUUACCCAAGGCAAAGAUUCCUGGGUUUUACACUAAAAAAGAAACCCCAGAAGAAAUUUACUUGUCUGGAAAAUCCAAACUGUUCUCAAACAAUGAUGUUUCCGACACGGUUAUACAGGCAAGAAGACACAAUAUGAGCUUCAAGGUGCUAGUUUUGUGCUCUCUUCUGUUCUAUUUCAUACCAAGCAUCAACACACUGGACACCAUUGUUCCAGGACAAUCUGUCAAAGACAAUGAGACUCUAGUUUCAUCAGAUGGGUCUUUUGAAGCAGGAUUCUUCAACCUUGGAGAUCCGAAUAGCCAAUAUUUUGGUAUAUGGUACAAGGAUAUUUCUCCAAGAACAGUUGCGUGGAUAGCAAACAGAGAUUCCCCAUUGGGAAACUCCUCAGGAGUUUUCAAUGUCACUGAUGGAGGAAAUCUUGUUAUCCUUAAUUCCACAAAGGGCUUGGUCUGGUCCUCCAAUACAUCAACAAUGGCGAAGAAGCCGGUUGUGCAGCUCUUGGAGAACGGAAACCUUGUCAUGAGAGAAGAAAGCAACCCGGGGAAUUUUCUAUGGCAAAGUUUUGAUCUUCCUGGGGACACCUUGCUCCCAGGAAUGAAAAUUCGAAGUAGCUUAAAAAGUGGCAACUAUACAUCACUUGUGUGUUGGAAAGACACAAAAAAUCCUGCUAGAGGAGAGUAUUCAUAUCACAUCGAUACUCGUGGUUAUCCUCAAGUAGUGCUUUCAAAUGGGGAGAAGUUAUUCCUCAGAACAGGUUCAUGGAAUGGGAAAACUUUUUCUGGAAUUCCUUCUGAAACACUCCACAAAUUAUUGAAGUUAUCUUUUGUGAUAACUGAUCAUGAAGUUUCUUACGAAUAUGAACUCAUGAACAAGUCAAUUAUAUCAAGAUACAUGGUCACUUCAAUAGGCCAAGUGCAACGUUUCAUGUUGUCAGACCAGACAAAGAGUUGGAAGCUUUUCUUUGUUGGCCCUGCAGACCAGUGUGAUAAUUAUGCCCUCUGUGGUGCUAAUUCUAAUUGCGAUGCUAAUGUCUCUCCGCCAUGUCAAUGCCUUCCCGGUUUCAUCCCCAAAUAUCAAGAAGAUUGGAGUUCACUAAAGUGGUCUGGUGGGUGCGUUCUCAGAGUUAAUUUAGAUUGUGGCCUCAGUGAUGGCUUUAUGAAGUAUACCAGAAUGAAGUUGCCAGACACGUCGGCGUCAUGGUUUGAUAAGAGCAUGAACCUUGAGGAAUGUGAGAAAUUCUGUCUGAAAAACUGUUCUUGCGUAGCAUAUGCAAGUUUAGAUAUCAGAGAUGGUGGGAGUGGCUGCUUGCUUUGGUUCAAUAAGAUCAUGGACAUGAGGAUCAUGAACGCCGGAGGACAAGACCUUUACAUAAGGGUGGCAGCUUCAGAAUUAGUCACAGACCAUAACAAGGGCUUGAACAAGAAGCAGCUUGCAGGAGUUUUGGUAGGUUGUAGUAUGUUCAUCGUUGUCAUGAUAAUACUGGGAGUGGCCUUACUUUGGAGGAAGAAACUUAAGAACCCAGGGAAGAACCAAAUAUUUGGAUGGAAGAAUCACCCUAACAACAAAGAGAAUGAAGGCAUUGACAUACCAAUAUUUGAUUUAUCAACCAUCGCUAAUGCAACUAAUAACUUCUCCAUUUGCAACAAAUUGGGAGAAGGUGGAUUUGGACCAGUUCAUAAGGGUACUUUGACAAAUGGGCAAGAUAUAGCUGUGAAGCGGCUAUCCAAUAACACAGGACAAGGACCAGAAGAGUUCAUAAAUGAAGUAUUGCUAAUUGCCAAUCUUCAGCACCGAAAUCUCGUGAAACUUCUAGGGUGUUGCAUUCAAAAUGAUGAGAGAAUCUUGAUAUACGAAUUCCUGAUUAAUAGAAGCUUGGACUACUUCAUUUUUGAUCAAACUAAAAAAAAAUUACUGCUAUGGGCUGAACGUUUCCAAAUUAUUUGCGGGAUUGCUCGAGGACUUCUCUAUCUUCACGAGGAUUCAAGAUUGAGGAUUAUCCAUAGAGACCUCAAGGCCAGCAACAUUCUUCUAGACGAAAAUAUGAAUCCAAAAAUAUCAGACUUUGGUCUUGCAAGAACUUUUGGGGGAGAUGAAGCUGAAGAGAAAACAAAGAGAGUAGCAGGAACUUAUGGUUAUAUGUCUCCAGAGUACGCAUCCCAUGGGUAUUUCUCAGUGAAAUCAGAUGUCUUCAGUUUUGGUGUCAUUUUACUAGAGAUAGUUAGUGGAAAAAAGAACAUGGAAUAUUUUCACCAUCAUAAUCUUCACCUUCUUGGACAUGCAUGGAAACUAUGGUGCAAAAAUACACCAUUGGAGCUGAUAGAUGAAUCUCUAGGCGACUCAGUUCCUUCAGUUGUGCAAGAAGUAUCCAGAUGUAUUCACACUGGACUUUUAUGUGUACAAGAGGGUCCAGAGGAUAGGCCAGACAUGUCAGCUGUAGUUCUAAUGCUGAAUGGUGAGAAACCAUUGCCAAGACCAAAUGAACCCCCCUUUUAUCCGCGUCACCUAGGCUCUUCAUCAGAAAAUAGUAAGCUACAUUCUACCAAUGAGAUUUCCAUGUCAUUGUUAAAACCGAGAUAGCUUAUAUUGGUGAGACAGAGAAUGAGGCACAGUUUAGAGAUAGAAGAUAGAAGAUGUUCUACCAACGAAAUUUCCCUGUCAGUGUUAUAUGCGAGAUAGUCUAUAAGGGGUUUGAUAUGCUUCAAUCAAUUGAAAUGGGUUUCCCUCUCAAUGUAUAGAACUGAAUAAUAUA